GGAAUGAACUUAUUAUUUGACAUAGUGUACUUCAUCAUACCAUAAUAAAAUAUAGAAGAGAUGAUGAUAAUGUGGAAGAGGUAUUGAUAUUCAUGUAGAUCCACAAGUUAAUAAAGAUGAAGGAAUGCAUAUUUUAUUUUAAGUUAUUUACCAGAAAAUAUUCGAGUAGAAGAACAAGCUUUUGGUAAAGCAGCUAGAAAUGGAGCACAAGGUACUGGACGCUUUAUUUUAUUAGUAGAUAAAUCUAUAUAUGAAGAAAUGUAUGAUUUAAAUCACUAUACAAAUGAACAAAAAUGGAUUAAAUUAGAAAAUUUAGCAGAGAUUAUUAUUGAAGAAGAAAAAAUUCGUCGAGACAAUAAAGAAGCAGCUAGACUAUCAAAAUUGAAACAAAAGAAUAUUCUUCAUCUUGAAAUUGAAGAAGAGCUUUUUGAAAAAUUUAAUGAAUUUAAGAAAAAAAUUGCUGAAGAAAUUUUCAAAUCAUUAUUUAGUAAUAGAUUAGAAAAAUUUUGUGAGAAAUUCGUUGAAGAUUUUGAAAAUAUUUUAAAAAAUCGUUGGGCAUUUUUGUUAGAUAAAGCUAAACAAGAAAUUGAUAAUAUUACAACUUAUUAUCAAAAUAUAUUUAUUGAUCAACCCGAAGAAGCUAUUAGCAUUGGAAAAGUUUGUUUAUCAGAAAAUGAAAUUCCUAUGGCUAAGCAAUGUUUUGAAAAAGGAAUUUUAAUUGGAGAUAUUUCAGAUUUUUCACAUAUAGCGCUUGCAUAUUGUAUAAUUAAUUUAGGUACUGAAGAUUUGCAUUAUUUAUAUCAAGCCGUAGGAGAAACUAUAGAACCUUUUGAUUUGAUUUUACAUCCAAAAGAUGAUCAAAAACUAACAAAAACAGAUCAUGAACAAGGAGAAAAAUUAUAUAACUUUUUAGUUCAGCAUAAACUUAUUCGAGGAGAUCGAAUAAGAAAAGUAUUUCGAAAAGAUUCCAAUGAACGAAUUAAAAUGGAAGAGAAUAUUCGACAUCAUCUGGAUCCUUCAAUCGCAGAUGAAUUAAUUAAUUUAUUAAAUAACAAAGCUCUAUUUGAAAAGGAAGAUUUUGAAAAUAUUUUUAUAUUAGAUAAAACUAGAGUAGAAAAAGAAUUACCACAGGAGUAUGAAAAUAUUUGGAAAGACUUAGAAAAUCAAAUAGAUAUACAAGAUGUUAAAGAAUCUCUAUUUGAAAAUACUUUAGAAAAGAAGAAAUUUAAAAUCUAUUUAAAAGAAAAACAAAUUUUAAUUCAGACUAGACGAGUUAAAAUUGAAAGAUCUUAA